UUGCGCAGCAACAUCUGUCGCUAAAUGUAUAUAAGAGAUGAUAAUUGCACAUAGACAGAUGAUAAUCUUUGAGUGAAGUACGUCAUCGAUCCUUACUAAGCGAAUUGUUACUCGUAAAUAUUGACGGGUUGCAAGAAAGAAAAACGGGUUUCAAAAAUAGGCAAAGAAAAUAUUUUCCCGCUCGAGUCGCAUAUGUCUAUAUAUUUAAUUCAAUCGUGAAUUUCGUUACAAAUCAGCGUUUAAAGCCGAUGUGCUGCAUGAGAGCUUUUCUCGUGCUUUCGUUGGCAAAAAAGAAAGAAACAUCGCAGCAGCACGUGGUUAUUUAUAAAGAAAAAAUCAUCAGAGGAAACACCCGGAAAAAGUAUAUACACGCUGAAACGGGGAUAUGCUUGCAUCACGGGUGCUUGACCCUAUGGUGAACAUAUUAAAAAAGAACAAGACAGCUCGAGACGGACAACGGAGGAAGCCUUAGGCGCCGCGGUAUCAAUAGGAGGUACACCUCAGUAUGUACGGGAAAGGUGCAGAAUGCACAAAUUGCGAAGGGGACUGUGGCUUAGGGUGCGGCUGCAGGUCCUGUCUCGGAUGCAAUAAUUCGACCAAAAAUGUCUGUUCUUCCAACAUGGAUUCGGUGAAAAUACCCGUUAAACUACCGGGACCCGGAUAUGUGAUGCAAAUACUCAAUGCCGGCUUGGGAAGCGACAAUUUAUACGAGGCAAAACUUCUACUGGCCCCGGAGAUAGACAUGUCGUCUAUCAAGAUCACUGUGAAAGACGAUAACCUGAGGGUGUCGGCACAGCGGUCCCUGGGGGAUCUCGCCCACGAGCUACCUGAUAUACUGGAAAAGUCAGCCCUGGGGGAUCUUGUAAAAAUGUCAAUAAAACACUCGGAGAAUUUUUUGAUACCUAAAUCUGUGGACGGUGACGAGAUGCGUGCCGUCAUGGAUAACAAGCAGAGGCUCCUGACCCUGACUGCGCCUCUGCAAACGGUGUCCAAGAGUAAGAAUUGCUGCUACGGAUAAUACUGAGUGUGAAAGUUACGUGCUCCUCCAGUCCUUCAUCGCCGUCUGUUUCCUCCCGGGUCCUGAUCCAUUAUUCAUAAAAAUAAAGUGAUCCCUGCGAAGAAUGAUAGGAUGAAAAGUCGUUGUCAAAAUUUCACACUGAUAAUAUUCAAUACUUAGUUGAAAUUUGAAUUUACACGAGUCCUCUUCUUUGCAUAGCGUAAUUCGCAUAGAAAUACUUAUUGCGUCGUUUAACUUCUAAACGGUUGUCUGCGCACAGCUUGUACCUGAAAAAUAUCCAAUGCAGGACGUUCUGGAAAUCAUGCGAAUUCGUUCUAACAAAUUGAUUAGAAAUCGUCUAUAAAUACAUGAUUACUUUGCGAUAAUUGAAUUUCUAAGCAUGUAAUGUAUGUAUGUAUUGUCCACGAAAUAAGUUUCACGUAUCAAUUAUAAAUAUAGAUAUCUUAUUUUUUGUCUAUACACGGUGUAAAUAUAGAACAAAGUUGAAAUGGUUAAAAUUGUCUACUUUAUUUAUCAAUUUCACAAUUCAAUUGUAA